AUGAGCUGGCCUCGCAUACUGAAGCAAGCGCCAAGGUGCGGUCAUUGUGCGCCAGCUACAGAAUCGCACCUCGCAGCAUCUUCGCAUAACGUCACCAACUCCUUCCGAUCUCGGUAUCGCGGGUUUGCUUCACAGCACGGCAAUAAAAGCUCGUCGCCAGCAUGUCUCUCCCCAGGUGCUGCCCGCCGCAUGUCGGCAGCUUCUACGGCAAUCGCCAAAAAGAAGGCUAUUGAUAGGGACUUUAUCGUAUCGGUUCUGGAGGUUUCAGCGACCAAGCGCGAUGCCAAAGGCUACCUACAGAAAUAUGCCGGCAAGACUGGCAAGAACCCAAAGUCUCUAGCCGAUUCACCUCUAUUUGUUCAAGGUGACCUUCAGCAAGAAACAGCGCCCGAAACACCGAAGCCUCCACAUGUUGCCAUCAUGAAGCUUCGCGCUCCCCAGGAGAUUGAUGCCGAGACUCUUGAUGGCGUGGCGAACACCCUCUCUCAAUUGCGCAAACUUGGUCUCUUGAGCGUGGUUGUCAUUGACUGUGGCAUCGAUGCAUCGCGAACGACUUAUCAGGAUCAGACUUUCCGGCUUUGUGAGGCUAUCGAUCGUUUCCAAGAUCAUGGAGCUCGCGCUGUCACCAAUGCAUUUGUGUGUGACGAGUCAUCUAUGCAAGAAAGCACACCACAGGAGCCAACGCCCGUUGACAUAAGAGUUGAAGAUCCUCGCUUUCUCGACCGCAUUCUACACCACCGGAUGUUACCCGUCAUCCCUUCAGUUGUCACUCGUGAUGUCACCCGGCCACCUCAACCGGUUGAUUCGAAUCAAAUCGUGUUGGCACUUACCAGAUACUUUGCGGGCUUGCAAUUCAACAAUUCUAGCGAGGCAGACAGUUCCCCUUCCGAACCCAUGGCUCUCGUAGAGAGAAUCAUCCUCCUUGAUCCUCUCGGAGCAACACCAAUGACUGGACGACCUGGGGCAGCUCACCGGUUCAUCAACCUACAACAGGAAUAUGAGCCGAUAUUGAAAGAGCUUAUGGGACCAGACGGAUCACCGCUUGUUGAUGACAAGAACAUUCGCGCCUCGACGACCGCUCAUGCUUCAAAUUUAGCUUUAGCUAAAGAUGCAUUAGCCAUGCUGCCGCAUACAGCAUCAGCUCUCAUCACGACGCCUAAUGCCGCUGCCAAUCUUACUGAGAUCUCAUCCAAGUCCUCCGAGCUGGCAGGAUCGAAUUCUGAAUUCGGGAUUAGCGGCAUGGUUACGACCCGGCGCAAGAAGAAUCCAUUAUUGCACAAUCUUCUUACUAACAAACCGGUAUUCUCAUCCUCUCUACCUAUGGCGCGCGCUCCAACCAAUUCUGGUAAGGAGCAGACGGUAGGGGUAUCCGUGGGCUCAACUCUUCUCAAAAAGGGCAUGCCCCUUCGAGUAUUCCCACAUCCCCGCGAGAAUCCAUGGCGCCCACCUCAGCCUGGGGGCCCUCGCUUGCGAUUGACCGACAAGUGCAUUGAUCUUCCUCGGCUGGUCCAUUUGAUUGAGGACUCAUUUGGCAGAAAACUGGACGUUGACGACUAUCUCAACAGAGUGAACGAAAACCUUGCUGGUGUUAUCAUCGCCGGAGAAUAUGAAGGCGGAGCUAUUUUGACUUGGGAGAAGCCCAAAGGUCUGGACGAUCAGACCGCAUAUGAGCAAGGCCGCUACGUCCCUUACCUGGAUAAGUUCGCUGUGUUGAGGAAGAGCCAAGGGAGCGGUGGUUGCGCUGAUAUUGUGUUCAACGCAAUGGUGCGAGGCUGUCUUCCCGAAGGUGUAUCUUGGCGAAGCCGAAAGGACAAUCCAGUCAAUAAGUGGUAUUUUGAGCGAUCUUUAGGAACCAAGAAAUUGUCAGACUGCAACUGGACAAUGUUUUGGACAACGCCUAGUUUGGAUAUGGAGAGUCCUAUUUUGCAGGAUUACGAAUCCGUGUGCAGGGGAGUAGAGCCGUCUUGGGCAGAUAAUAAACACAUCUUGGAAUAA